GGCGCCCUUGUCGAGAAGGCUGCGAAACUUGGGAGGCUGGAGCCUGGCUGCGCCUUUAAGAGCCUGGCUGGGGCAGGAAGGGUGCUCCCAGAGAAGGCAGGGUUCCCUAGUUCCUCCACACCCCCCUCAAAGUGCCUCUGGCCAGUCCAGCGGGAGGAGGAGGAGGAGGAGGAGGAAGAGGAAGGGCAGGGGAAGAGAGGCGAGGCUAGGCUCUCAGGGGCUGCUCCUCCUCCUCCUCUUCUUCCUCUUUCCCAGUCCCUGCCUCUUCUUUGGGGACAGGGGCGCCCCUCCUCCACUUUGCCGCCUGAGUCGGAGGGGGGUCCCCAGCAGCAGCAGCAGGAGCAGCAGAAGCCGGGAUAGCCUUAGCCAUGGAGCUGUUCUUGUGCCCGUCUUGCCGCCGGCUGCUCUGGGACCCGGUGACCCUUCCCUGCGGGCACUCCUUCUGCCGCCGGUGCCUGCCUUCCUCCUCCUGCUGCUGCUGCCCCUCCGCCCGCUGCCGCCUGUGUCCGGGGGAGAAGCCGCCGGCCUCCCGCUGCCCGACCUCCAGCAACGUGCUGCUCUGCAACUUGUUGGAAAAGUGCCUGCCCCGGGAAGCCCAGCUGGCGCGGCUCAAGGCGGACGCCCGGCAGCUCCUGCUCCGGGACCGCGACUACCGGGCGGCGCUGGGGACCCUCCAGAAGGGCCUCCGCAUCGCUCCAGAUGACUGUAUGCUGAGGCUGUGGCGAUCGGAUGCCUAUGUGGCUUUACAGCUGUAUCCGGAGGCACUGGAGGAUUUGGAGGUGCUGUGCAGGCAAGAGCCUGAAAUGUGUGAGGGUUUUUUAAGGAAGGGGAAGGUGCUGCUGGAAAUGGGGAAACAAUCUGAGGCCCUGCUGCAAUUCCAACAUUGUCUUACACUGAAUUCCAGUUUCCAUGCUGCUCAGUAUGAGAUAGAAAGGAUUCUCACAAAUGAUGCCUCCCCUCUUCCAGGCACUGUAGUGGAGCUAAAGAGUGAUAUCAGUCAGAACUUGAAAGGAUCUAACUCAGGGAAAGAGCUAGCUUUACUUGUAUCUUUUGAAGAAGAAUCUUCACAGAAUUUGAAGGAAAAAAGGGAAAUUUGUCUGGGAGAACUUGGUCCAGAUGACAACCAGGCAGCAUAUGCUACAUCAGAGUGCCUGAAGAAAAAGUCAACUACAGAUUUUUCUGCAAAGAAGGAAGGGGAUUUGGAGGAGGGAGCAUCAACAGAUACAACAAGAGUGAAGUCUAUCCGGGACUGCCAACCAGACUUUGGGGGCCUUCUGAAUACCUCAGAUUUGGAAUGUUCUCUUUGCAUACGUCUGUUCUUUGAGCCGGUAACUACACCUUGUGGCCACACAUUCUGCAAAGAGUGUGUGGAGCGCUGCCUAGACCAUCGACCCAACUGCCCACUUUGCAAACAGAGCCUCCGAGAGUAUCUGAGGGCUGGAAAAUAUAACAUCACAAUUCUGCUGGAAGAGCUCAUGAAAGCUGUUUUCCCUUCACAACUGGCAGAAAGGAAACUGAUUCACCAAGCUGAAAUGGCAGAACUUUCCAACCUGACCAAGAAUAUCCCCAUCUUUGUCUGCACAAUGUCAUUUCCUGGCAUUGUGUGUCCCCUUCAUGUGUUUGAACCUCGUUAUCGCCUCAUGAUGCGGAGAUGUCAGGAGACUGGCACUAAGAUGUUUGGCAUGUGUAUGUACGAGCAUGGGAAAAGUUUUGCUGACUAUGGCUGCAUGUUGGAAAUUCAGAAAAUAGUGUUUCUGCCUGACGGACGAUCUUUAGUAGAUACUGUUGGCAAGCGAAGGUUCCGAGUUCUGAGACGUGGGCACAGGGAUGGGUACAACACAGCGGAUAUUGAGUACUUGGAAGAUGAGAAGGUAGAAGGAGAAGAACUGGCUGAACUUCAGAAUUUGCAUGACUAUACAUACCAGUUAACACAGAGAUUUUAUGAAGAUGGUGAUGCCACCUCCAGACGACUUUUGAUGCACCAUGGACCCCUUCCUGAGAAGGAGGAAGAUAUACAGGCAAGUCCAGAUGGACCAGUUUGGUGUUGGUGGCUUAUCUCCAUCUUGCCCCUUGACUUGAGCCGUAAGUUGACCAUCUUCUCUGACACUUCCCUGAAGGCUCGUCUCACCCAAUUGAAGAAUAUUCUGAAUGUCAUUUUGGAAAGCAAUGACUACAGCAGCUAAUUCUCAGACUUCAUUCCAAGACAAAGGUUAUAAAUAACGCAGAAGAAAAAAGUGGGCUCAUUCUGUAUCGCCUGCUAAUUUUUCUCUAGGCCUUUAUUCUUGUUCUUUAUUUUUUCUUUGUUUUUUGAUUUUGUGUUUUGUUUUUUUUUUGUCCAAUUGACCUCAAAAAUAGGGCCAGGAACCAGUACACUGAAGCUGGUGUGCAAUAGUAGUAAGACUCAUUAGCAAUGUUGCACCGUCCACAGGAUAUAUAUAUUUUGUAUUUCAGAGUCUUUAAUUGGUCUUGUUUGGUUCAAAAAUGCAAUGAAUUUAGAUGUGAAAUCUGUCCAAGAAACCUGACUGUCCAGUGCUAAGUGAAGAAACAUCUAAAGAACCUUUACAUUUCCAAUACAAAGAAAAACCCAUCUAGAAAUGCUAGAACUUCCUGGGUUUCACCUUUUUCUGCCAUAUAAUGAAGCUUUUAAGGGAUGAUUCCAGUCUGUGCAAAAUGUACUGCCAUUCUCCAAAUUAACUCAUUCCCUUGAAGCUGUUAUUAUAUGAUGAACAGGAGAGAGAAAGGUACAAAUGUGGCACAUGUCCUUUUCUUUUCUCCUUAGUUGCUCCUAGCAGCUUGAUGGAGGAGUGGUUUUGAAUCAGGGCCAUUGCAUAAGAGGAGAGAGUUAAUUGCUUCUUCAGCUCUGAUCCAGCUCCUUCCCCACUAAGCCCAUAGCAUUUUGUUUUAGUUAAAGAAAAAGAUGGGAGAUAGAAUUAGAUGAGUGAAGUGUAAUUUGCCACUAAGAUAUCAUAAGUAAAAAUGCUUAUCUAGAUAGUACUUCUUCUGUAUUAGAGUGGGCAAUUGAGAGUUAGGGGGGCACAUUGCCCCCUUCAGUCUUGGAGGGGUGCAUCCCUGCUGUAUUCCCUGGAAAAAAUCAUUUUGCUUUUGUCCACAAAUGUUCUAUACAUCUGGUUCUCUUUCUGUAAGAAAAAAGACCUCCCUGGGCCUAAAAUAGGCCACAUACACCCAGAACAUGGUGAAAUAUAUAUAUAAGCAAUGUAAUUGGGGAGGUUUUUGGACUAGGACUUCCUGAAUCACCUGCCAGUGUGGCUAUUGGCCAUGAAGUCAGAGGGAUUUAUGAGACUGUCAAACUAAAAACAAAUCUCUGCCAAUAACAGUGCAAGGUAUUGGUGUCUUGUCCCAUUGCUUAAUGAAGAUGUAAAACUUUGUAGUUGCUGGAUGAAUACUUUUUAUUUAAAAGAAACCAUGCUAUUGAAUUUUGAGAAAUUAACAACAACAAUGUGGCUGUUGUUAAUUUCUCAAAAUUCAACAGCAUGAUUUCUUUUAAAUAAAAAAUAUAGCCUCAUUACAGUGAGCAUUUUGCAAUAUGUUCAGCAUUGCUGGAGCCAACACAGUCCUUACUAUUUCUAUGUCAAACCACUCACUAGUAGGAUCUGACUAAUGUGAACAGAGAAGAUGGGAAGGGGUUUCCCUUCAAAAUAGGUGUAAACCUAGAAAAUCAGAAUGCUGACAGCAUAUCUAGAAAUAGCUGCCAUCUUGAUAUAUUGGUUAACAAGUGCUGUAAAAUGUUUUCUGUCAGGGUUUUUCUCCCAGACGUGCUGAGCAAAGAUUUGUUUUGGCCUUAUGUGUUUUCUGGAUAGUGAUCCUUCUCUACACCAGAACUUCACAUAGAUACAUUUUAAGACCACCAUUGCUAGAAUUCCUCAGCCAGUAUGGACACACAAGCAUGCACUCUGGAAGGUUUCGGGAGUGAUGGUUCAUAAUAGUAACUGCUUUGAGCUUUACUGUACAUGUACUCUAUAGAGUUAAUUGUAGUACGAAGGAUGCUAUGGUGAAUAGUAGGCUUCAUUCCCAUGCACAUUGACAUCUAUGAAAUUUUGUGGCACUGUAAGAACACUGCCAUUAUAAACAUUGCAGAACUACAUUAAUAAUUCACCCAUGGCCACAUUCUGAGUGUAAGUAUAAACAAAAUCAUAUUCAUCAAGAACAGCUCCAUUUUAUUUGUUGGUUUGUUGGAUCAGUUGAUUAAUACGUAUUGUAUAGGGUCAAUGGCUAAAAUAUGUACAUUUUGUGGAGCAUGAGUUACACAUUGAAUGUGAGCACUAUUUUGGGAUGAGGGUGAACUUUUUAAAGAUCAGAUCUGCAAGCUCUGUUUUCAAACAGCGUAAGACUCAAGUGCCCUGGACCCUGGUAAAUCCACCUUUUGUGGAUGUGGAAAAUUAUCAGGAUGUAGAUUUGAAAAUUUGGUCGUGUCACUGUCCCACCAUAAUAUAUUUUGAACAAUUUUUUAAAAAUGUAGCAAGGGGGAAACAGUAAUCGAAGCUGCCCUCUCCGAAUGCCUACCUUUUUUUAGGGAGCAUUUUAGUUUUUGUAUUGCCGUGUAAUUGCAUUGUCUUAAGUUCUAACAGAGGUGGGUGUCUAGGCUGCUGUAUUUUGUUCAGGUGAUUUUAUCUUUCUUCUCCGCCAUAUGUACUUGGAAACCAUUCAUGACAGAUACUUACAUUAAAUGUUGUACAUAGCUUUGACAUGGACUCUGAUAGUCUUUCCUGUUAAGGCCUAAGUCAGGGCAAGCAAUUAUGAAAGUGCAUGUAUUUUUUUAAAUCUAUAAUUUAAAUACAACAGGCUCUCUGCCUGGCUUCCCAUGUUGACACCAGCUGUUCCUUUGCUCCCCCCCCCCCCAAAUUUUAUAUUCCAAAACAGGAGUAGGAAUCAGAUGUUUUCAGCUUUAAACCCCAGCAACCACUCCCCUAGCCGGCAUAGUCAAUGGAGAGAAAUGCUGGGAGCUGUGUGUGCUCUAGGUGCAUCUGGAGAGGUGCACAGUUCCCACUUCUGUUCUAAAGCCUAUUCUUUUGUAUAAUGUAUGUCAUUAAGGGGAAUAAUGAGCUUCUGUAACCAAAGAUGUUAAAUGAUGAUGAAAAAGGGAUAGGACAAAGUUGGGUUAUUGAAAUCUGCACUUGUUUCACUUUUAAGGUAUUAAAAAUACUUUACUGGCUGGAAUCAAAUACCCAUACUUUAACUACAAAUACCCAUACGUUGACUACUUUAAAUAUGGCUGCUGUUUGGACAUGUGAACGUAUCUAUUUCUAAGUGCUUGACAGCCUCAAUCUUAAGAUUUUUGUGCCAUGGCAAGCCAUUUGACAGAAUGACUUUCUGUUUUGCCUUGUGCUGAGUGGUCCUCUUGUUAAAAGUAUCCAUUCCAGUUUGGUUAGUUCAGUCAAUUUGGUCUUUCACUUGGUGGGGGAGGAAUUCUUCUUACCAGGAUAAAUUAGCAUUUCUUCCUACAUCUGCUUGGCCUAUUUAUAUGGCUUUGAAAUUGUAGAUAUUUCUGAAUUAUGGGUAAUUGAGGAGAAGCUAGGAUACCCAAUAAACUGGAUAAGAGAGGUAUCUCUGUGAAUAUAUAUCCAUUUAUGGAAGGGAUUUGCUAUUGCUCCCUGCUUUGUGUGCUAUAGGGAAUAGAAGUAUGAAGGGAGUGCUUAGAGCCACUGACCAUACGCACAAUUUUUUUCUCAUUUGAAAAGUGCCUUUUUUCCUAGGUUGAAGAAUGAGCUACUCCAGAGCCAGACAAAGUUAUGGGAGAUUUUUUUUAAAGUUUACUGUACUGACUGCAUGGCAAUUGGUAUUACUUGAGCUGCCUAAUCAAAGAAAUUUAUUCUGCUCCUUGCUUUUUCUGAAAAAACAACACACACAUGGAUUUCUUGUUCUCCCACUUUUCAAAGGCUAUAAAUAUGGAUGAGGAUGGUCUCUAAAAGAAACCUAUGUUCUACUGGCUGCAUGAUAUCAUUCAUUAUUUUGUGAUUUGUGAGCCAUUUCUAUUUGGUUAUAAUGUGUUAAAAUCCCUCCACUUUGCUUGGAGUUCUUUUGAAUUUGUAUCUUUUUAUUCCCCCUGGCCAAAUUAUUAGUUGUUCUUGUCAGACUAAUAAACUUAAUGUGUGUU